AUGGCUCCCGGUGCGGCCCGACCCAGGCCCGAGCCCCAGCGGGGGCCUGACCCGGGCUGGGGCGACCGCCUCCCCUUGGAAAUCCUGGUGCAGAUUUUCGGGCUGCUCGUGGCGGCUGAGGGGCCCAUGCCCUUCCUCGGCAGGGCUGCGCGCGUGUGCCGCCGCUGGCACGAGGCCGCCGCCCAGCCCGCGCUCUGGCACACCGUGACCCUGUCGCCCCCGCUGGUCGGCCGCCCCACCAAGGGCGAAAGCAAGGGGGAAAAGAAGCUCCUUGCUUCCCUGGAGUGGCUUAUACCCAACAGGUUCUCCCAGCUCCAGAAGCUGACUCUCCUCCACUGGAAGUGCCAGGUGCACCCUGUGUUGAAGUUGGCUAGUGAGUCCUGUCCUCGGCUCACCUUCCUCAAGCUUUCUGACUGCCACGGGCUGACCCCUGACACCUUGGUCAUGCUGGCCAAAGCCUGCCCCCAGCUCCACAGCCUGGAUCUGCAGCACUCCAUGGUGGAGUCCACAGCUGUGGUGAGCUGCUUGGAGGAGGCUGGGCCCCGAAUGCGCAGGCUGUGGCUGACCUACAGCUCCCAGAUGACAGCCAUCUUGGGCGCACUGCUGGGUAGCUGCUGUCCCCAGCUCCAAGUCCUGGAGGUGAGCACCGGCAUCAGCCGUAACACCAUUCCUCUCCAGCUGCCGGUCGAGGCCCUGCAGAAAGGCUGCCCCCAGCUGCAGGUGCUGCGACUACUGAACCUGAUGUGGCUGCCCAAGCCUUUGGGUCGUGGGGUGGCCCCGGGCCCAGGCUUCCCUGUCCUGGAGGAGCUCUGCCUUGCCAGCUCCACCUGCAACUUCGUGAGUAACGAGGUCCUGGGCCGCCUCCUGCACAGCUCUCCUCGCCUGCGCCUACUGGAUCUUCGUGGCUGUGCCCGCAUCACGCCUGCCGGCCUGCACCAUCUGCCAUGCCAGGAGCUGGAGCAUCUGUAUCUGGGUUUGUAUGACACCUCCGACCGGCUGUCUCUGGCCAAGGAGGGCAGCCCUCUGCUGACCCAGAAGUGGUACUGCACCCUGCGGGAACUGGACUUGAGCGGCCAGGGCUUCAGUGAGAAGGACCUGGAGCAGGCGCUGGCAGCCUUCUCGGGUGUCCCCAGGGGCUCACAGCUGGCUCUGUGCUCCCUCAACCUCAGGGGUACACGGGUCAUGGCCAGUACAGUCAGCUCUGUGAUAAGCAGCUGCCCAGGCCUGGUGUACCUCAACCUGGAGUCCUGCCGCUGCCUUCCCCGGGGCCUGAAGCGGGCCUACCGGGGCCCAGAGGAGGUCCAGUGGUGCCUGGAGCAGCUGCUCACCAGCCUCCCAUCCCCCAGCUAGGCAGCUUCAGGCCCCAGACCCGUCAACCAGUCCUGGCCUGUGCUUCUAAUCAGUUUUGGAUGUUUGAGCAUUUUGUUACAAUAAA